AUAGAGGGCGUUGUAAUACAGUUGAAUACGUCGACUUAAAUAGCAUGUUCGACUUGUCCUAAAAGGUUUCAGAUCACUAACAUUCAAUCAUGUCUCCUCUUUGGGCAAUUAUAUUUGUCUUUGUCGGAUGCUGCAGCAACGUAGUUUUCCUGGAGUUGUUAGCAAGGGAAAAACCAGGCUGUGGAAAUAUUGUUACAUUUGCGCAAUUCUUUCUAAUUUUCCUCGAAGGAUUGAUUUUUACAUCAAAGUUUGGAACUGUGAAACCAGUUAUACCCAUAAAAGUUUAUAUAAAAAUAGUUUCUUUGUUUGGAGUUGUUCAAAUCGUUAAUAAUUUGGCGUUAAAGUAUGAUAUACCAAUGCCAUUACAUAUGAUAUUUAGGGCUGGUUCUUUAUUAGCCAAUAUGAUUCUAGGAGUUUUGAUUAUGGGAAAAUCGUACAAAAUAGGCAAAUAUCUUUCAGUUCUCCUUAUUACUGUUGGAAUAGUUUUGUGCACUAUAAUGUCUGCUUCGAAUAUCCACGAAACUAAAUCAGGCGACGUCUUUACAAUGGGAAUUGGUAUUUGUCUCUUAAUAUUUGCAUUGGCCAUGUCAGCUCUUAUGGGCUUGUACCAAGAGAAAAUAUAUAAAACUCACGGAAAGCAUCCACGAGAAGCUCUAUUCUUUAAUCAUGCUCUACCACUGCCGCUAUUUCUUUUCUUCUAUAAUGAUAUAGUGUAUCAUUUUAAAGAAUUUAGUGAAUCAGCACCUAUAACGUUACCAGGUGUCAACUAUGGAGUCCCUUGUUUAUUGCUCUUCUUACUAGGAAACGCUGUUACGCAAUAUAUUUGUAUUAAUAAUGUUUUUGUAUUAACUACUGAAUGUUCAUCUUUGACAGUCACUUUAGUUGUUACUCUGCUUUAUUUCAAUUUCAUCAUAAUCAUGUCGAAUUUAGACAGAAAGACAGCUGAAGCAAUAGAGCAUGUUAAUCAAGCCGAAAAAUGUUUGAAAACUGGAUUACUAAAGUGGAAACCUGAUCACGAAGGCGCGUCAUCAGAAUACGAAAAAGCAGGUUUGUGA